UCUAGUGUCUUUCUGCCCAAUAAGAUUAUUGAAAUUCCUGAGUAUUCUGUGAUAAAUCUUCCUUUUUCUUUGAGAAAAAUGACUAAAAUUUUUAUCCUUCUCUUGGUUAAUUUCUCAGCAAUUUGUGUGAGUUUUCUUUUGAAAAUUUAAAAGCUUUUUAACUGAAAAAUUAUUUUUUUUGCAAAAAAGAAAAAUGAGGAAAUUUAAUAAAAUUUCAAUCACUUAUAGUUGUUGUUAUGAGAAGGCAUUUACAUUGCUCUUGAUAUUGAAAAUAAAAUACAACAAAUGCAAUUAAAAUAAUGAAGUUUACUGGCAGAUAACAAGCACAAGAGAGAGAUUUCAUUUAUAAAAUCUUUCCAUUACAAACUCUUCGCGCAUAUGAGUCUUUUGCAGAGACAAGAACAUUGUGAGUGUAGUGUAGGAUGUGUGUGGUGAUACACGCAGUAUAAAACGCUCAAAAAGACUGAUAAAGGCAACACCACAAAUUCAUCCGGCAACUCAGCCGCGCACAGCUCAUUCUCUGGAAGACUCUCGUGCUCAAUUGACGCUAAUCUCAAAUUUCAGUGCUUAUGGCCACGUAUAAAGUUGAACAACUCCCGGCACCGCUAACAAAUCUCGGUGAGGGUCCCCAUUGGGAUUGGCAAACGCAAAAUUUGUAUUACGUCGAUAUCUACGGUGGAACCAUUAAUCGCUACAACUAUGCUGAGAAUAAAACCUACACCGCAACUGUUGAGAAAGAGCCCGUGAUCUCCUUCAUUAUCCCCGUGGAGGGAAAUGAUUCGGAAUUUGCCAUUGGAAUUGGCCGUCGUGUGGGUAUUGCAACGUGGGAUGGUAAAUCCGCAACGGCAACGGUGACACGCUUGGUGGGUCAGGUGGAACAAGAUGAUGCCAAAUACAAAACAAAUCGCUUCAACGAUGGGAAAGCCGAUCCCAAAGGUCGCCUAUUUGCAGGAACAAUGAGACUCGAGGAGUGUGGUGACCUCUUUGAAGCUCAAUUCGGGUCACUCUACAAGUUCAACAAGGAUGGCGUUUAUCAAAAGUUGAAGAGCAAUGUUUCAGUAUCCAAUGGAUUGGCCUGGAAUGAGAAGACGAAUAAAUUCUACUACAUCGACUCAUGUGCACUGGAUGUGAAGGAAUACUCCUACAAUCCCGUCACGGGGGACAUUUCAAAUCCUCGUGUUGUGAUUGACUUCAGCAAUGACGGUGAACGCCCAAGCUUCGUACCGGAUGGCAUGACAAUUGAUUCUGAGGGGAAUCUCUUUGUUGCCCUCUGGGGUGGCUUUAAGCUCUUCAAAAUUAACCCCAACACCGGAAAGAUUGUGCAGGAAAUUAAAAUUCCGUGCGAACAGGUGACUUCAGCUGCAUUUGGUGGCCCCAAUCUUGACAUCCUAUACGUAACGACGGCGGGAACAGAGAGAAAUUCCCCGCAACCCCCACCAGCGGGUGGUGUCUUCGCAGUUACAGGUCUCGGUGUGACGGGAACAAAGAUGACUCGUGCUAAUGUUUGAACGACAAUCAAUUUUCUUCUGCAAUAUAUUGAGGAAAAAAUGUAAAGAAAAAUCUUUUUUAUUUCUUUUAAAAUAGCUGAGAAUGAGUGAGAAAUUUUCAAAAAAAAAAGAAGUAAAAUAGCAAAAGAA